AGCGGAGCUUGGGAGCUUGAGGGCAAAACUGCGCCGCAGGACUCGCAUACGACCCCGUGGCCGCAGUUAGAGUACCCAACCGAAAGCGCUAAUACCAGAUUUGGCGUGCUCAGCUCCGCAUUCGCCCUAGCUGCCGCUUGCUCUCGGGAGACCAAAAAAGCUCUCUUUGACCAACGCGGCGCACACGCCCUCGACGCGCAGCCAUGAAGCUCCUCAUCUGCGCGCUCCUCGCCGCAACAACAAAUGCAAUAAGAAACGGUCACCCGCGGCCCAUGCCGCGUUCGCAGCCGACGACGCUCGAGACCUUGCUUGGACGCGACCCUUACAGCAUCAUAGAUGUGAGAGGAGGCGGCAUCUUCGACGACCCUGAUGAGGAACCGGAAGAAGACGACGUCGACGCGCGCAUGCGGAGCGGCAUGCAGAAGGCCGUCGCGAUGAUGAGAGGUGUUGGGAGUGAGGGCGCGGCGAUCGACGCGCUCGAAGCGUUGGCCAAUGAUCCCAGCGCCGAGGCGCCGCAACUCAUAAAGUGCUACUUGGAUGCGCGAUUGCACCAGUCGCAGGAGCUCAAGAGCUUCCAGGGCGACCAUUAUCUUGUAGCACUGAGGCAGCUCGCAAAUGAGGCUCUAGCGUUCAAGGCCUCCACGCAACUAUCCGAGGAGGCCUACGAUGCAUUCCUGAAGCAACUGAGCGACGAGGCCGGCUUUAAGAGUGCUGCGGACUUCGAAAAAGAUGUGAGGGAUCGGAGUUCCUUGCAGGUCCAAGAGCUCUUGGAGGUCUUGGCCGAGGACGGCAACUUCGUGGCCAUCGCUUUACGAAGAGUCGAGGAGAAGGUGCCCGGUCUCGAAGCGGAUUUGAAGGAGGAUUUGGCGCGCGGCGACGACGCGGCGGUCGCCGCCAAUCGAGCGCAACUAGAACAGUUGAGAGCGUGGCAGAAGGACUCGGCGCCUCUCGAAAAACUGCGCCAGGAAUUGCUCGCGCAACUCGAGAACGCCGAGGACCCGAUCCAGCGCGUGCGCCUGGCGGAGUCGCUGCGGCCGGUGGUGACGAACGUGCUGGGCGACGACUUCUCGUCCGCGGAGUAAAGAUGUAGUUUCUC